CAGGGAAAAGCUAGCAUGGAGAAAAUGAUGGCAGCAAAGGGGAUGCGUUUACAAGCUCAGUUUGCGCACUGUCUCGCCUUCUAUACAUUUGGCUCCACUGUCCUACUUGGUGUAGUUACACUGUUGAUUCCAGAUGGAGAUCAACCAUGGCAUAAAGACGAAAAAGCAGCAGUUGCAGCAAGCUUUUUGACAGUGGUUCUUGUAGAGGGAAUGUUCUAUGCAGCCACAGAUACACUCCGGAAGUCCCUACCAGGGACUUGUACAGCUUGUGUCAUCAUGCCUCCUUCAACGUCCCAUAGACAGUUGAACGAGUUGCGGAGAUCAAUUAUGGAUUUCUGUGAUCGUAAUGCUAUACCUUGUAGCAUUGAAUCCUUCGUGGAUGGGCUUUCAAUCCAAACCCUAGAGGGCAAGCUUAAUGGCUUCUUUGCUCAGACAAAUCCUGCUACUAGUCAGCGGAGGUAUGACAGCUACUUGGUUUUCUACUGUGGUGAUGUAGAUAGAGAUGGCAAGUGGGAGUUGACAGGAGGAAAGUUCAAGUUUGAAAACAUGCAACGGCUAUGGAAUAACUGCAAUACUGAGGGAUUCCAAUCUAGGCUUAUCUUGAUCCAAGAUGCAAAACACUCCAAAGACUGGCUGGAGAAGAUCGCCAAUGAUGAAAACAACGUAGUUGCAAUACAAACUUGCAAACUGAGUCCAUCAGUAGACCCUGAAACUGGGGUUGUGCCAAGGGUUGGGGAUUUUACCCGUGAUUGGGUAGAGUUUAAUAGCUCAACUGAAAACAGUAUCAAUUGGAAGGAGACGGGGAGAAAAAUCAAAGCAGUUUAUAAAGUUUCUCCUCCAUGGAGUGACAAUGAAUUCCGAGUGCCUAGUGAAGAAGAUAUGACAGAGUUCACCUCAAAGUUCCCCGUUAAAUUGCAAUGUUUGAUAACAAUUGCUUUGGAGAUAGCUGAAUUUAAAGAAAAAACCAUUUGCCCUACCUGUUGGAAACGUUUUAUGAUGAGUUGGUUUCCCCCACCUUUUAUUGAUACUAGACAUGGCUUUAAGCUAGUUAAAUCUUGAUUGGACAUGGCUUUAACUAGUUUAAAAGUCUUAAUCGGGCAUUGGCUUUAUAAAGCUAGAUAAAUCAUGAUUGGACAUGACUUUAACUAGUUAAUCAGCUAAUUAAACCUAGAUUGGAAAUGGCUUUAACUAGUUCAGAAGUCUUAAUUAGCAAUGGUUUUAAGCCAGUUAAGUCUUGAUUGGACACCACAUGGCUUUAAGUAUAGUUCAAAAAACUUGUAUAGCAAUGGUUUUAAGCUAGUUAAAUCUAGAUUGGACAUGGCUUUAACUAGUUCAAAAGUUUUCAAUCUAGUAAAGUCGUGAUUGGAGAAAUAUUACAUUAUGUCAUGAGAAAGAUAACAUUUGGUUAAUAAAGGGCUAUCGUAGAUUUGAAUAAAAAACAAAGCAUGAGUACAAUAAUCAGAAGUUUUCAGAAUGGUCAAAUUGGCUUGCAUUGCUUGUUACACAACCUACAUUUUUCUAACUAAUCUGUAAUGACCCAAUAGCUUAAUUUGGCCUGUUGCUUUAGACUCAAAUUCUGGAUUAUGUGCCAAACUCUUGGCUUGUAUCAUCAAAGGCACACAUCUACUUGCCCUACUUUUGUAAUUAGACAUUUGUUGUUAUAUUUUGAGUAACUAUUAUGUAACAUGUAGUUUCUAUUUAAAAUGAUUGAUUGGGGGAAACAAAUUAAGAAGACAAUUUUAGAGUAACAGGAGAUGUUUUAGAGAUGUACACGAUAAACCUCCACCCCCUGCUAUAUCACUUGCCACUUAAGUCUCUGUGUUAUGUUAUGUGAAUUACUUAAUGACCAUACUAAAUCAGCACAUCAAAAUAAGCACCAAACAAAAUGCCUGACAAAAACAUGAAACUGUUUUCAUUAAUAAAAAAUAAAAAAAGUAACUUCUACAAUUUAAUGACGUAAUUAGACCUAAAGGUUGAUUGUAUGACGUGUGUCUUGACCAAGAGGGUUAGUGGAUUUACGCAUCCCAAAACCAAAGAAACAUUUUAGAUUUAUAGUAACAAUGCAGUAAGUAAUUUGUAAUUAUUGAUGCUUUUUGAUUUUUCAUUUAAAGCUUCCUGAGAGUAUUUUUGUAAAUGAUUCAAUGCUGUAUAAAUGCACCUUGGGUUUUUAUUUUUGUACAAAAUAAUAUCCGAACAGUUUUCAUUAAUAAGGCCUAUGGCUGUGGGCUGCAGCUACAGUGUGUUCAAGAAUCCCUGUGAGUUUAGUGAUACCAAAUACACUACGCAUGCCAAGGGCCUCUGAACAAGGGCCUCUCCAAUCAAAACAAUGAGCCAACAGUCAUAACAAAAUUGAACUAUCUGCACCAAUCAGAAACAAUUAACUGUCAAAAGGAAAGCACUGUUUGCAAAGUAUUAAAAAAAAUUGUUUACAUCGAAGACAAUAUUUCAGAGUGUCUGUAUAGAUUUCAAUAAUAAAUAAAGAAAAUAGAGGUUAAAAAAAUGGACUAAAAAAACAAUCUCUUCAUCUCAGGAGCCUGUUUUUUCCCCUUCUGAAUGCAAGAAUUGGAAAACAAAUGCAUUUGAACAUGAAUCAAAAUGAAUGCAGUCUUCAAAACUUUGCUAUAGUAUAGUAUCUAAAUUAUAAACCCUGCUUUUCAAGAAUACAAUUUAUGCUGAUUGUGUCAAUACCAUGUUGGUUCCCUCUUGCAAAAAUAAAUAAAAACAUUAUUUUGUAUUUCAUUAUCUAUAAAAUAGCUAUCAGAUAGUAAGUUUGACAUUGAUGUAACUAAAAAUGCAUAUUGCGGGAUGAAGUAUUUAAAAUGCAGACUGUUGUACUUGGUACAUGUAGGAAUGAGAAGCAAUUGUUCAAAGGUAUAAGGAAUUCCCCUAUGUUUAAUAAAAUAAUUUUGCUUGUGAACAGCUGA